GGGCUACAAAGUGAGCUCAAGGCCAGCCUGAACUGGGUAGUGAGACCCUUCUCAAAAAGAGGAAAAAACAAAUCACUGCCUAAUCUAUGGUCAUAAAGAUUUUCCCCUAUGUUGUCUUCUAAGAAUUUAACAGUUUUAGUUGUCACCUUUAGGUCUGUGAUCCAUCCUAGUUUAUUUUUGUUUGUGAUGUCAGGUUGCUGGGGUGUUCAACUUCAUUCUUUUGUGUGUGGCUAUGUACAUGUCUCAGCACCAUUUGUUGAAAUGACUCUUCUUUUUCUAUUGAACUUUUCUGACAUUAGCUAGAUAUUUCUCAUAUGAUUUGUGUUCCUCCUGCAAAGUAUAUUUCUGAAUCAGCUGUAUAGUAUUGUACAUAAUUUUCCAUAAACUCAACACUGAACAUACGAUAUUAAGAGGCUGUCAUGAUUCUCUUGCAAGUCCCUAAUAAUGCACACAUUAGUUUGAUGAUGAAUGUGCUAUUACAGGAAUCAGUGACAUUUCAAGACGUGGCCGUGAACUUCACCCCAGAAGAGUGGCAGCUGCUUGACUGUGAUCAGAGAAUGAUGUAUUGGGAUGUGAUGUUGGACAACUAUAGAAACCUCAUUUCAGUGGGGUCUCCAGUUACUAAACCAGAAGUGAUCCUCAAGAUAGAACAAGGACAAGAGCUAUGGCUGGAGGAGGAAGAGAAUCUACAUUGGAGCUAUCCAGAAGCUGACUGUCCACUUGAUGAACCAGAGGAGCAGCAGGAAAGCAAAGACAAUUUUUUGAAGUCGGUUUGGUUCACGUUCAAUAGAAUUCUGACUAUGGAGAAACUCCACCUUUAUAAUAGGAGCGCAAGUCUUAAUCCAACAAGAAAAAAAUCACAUAAAUGUAAAUCAUAUGGGAAGAAUUUGGAACCUAAUUUAGACUUACUUGAUUAUAAUAGAAGUUAUACUGAAGAAAACUCAUGUGAAUGCAGUGAAUGUGGGAAAGCCUUCAAAAAGAAGUUUCAUUUCAUUAGAGAUGAAAAAAAUCAUACAAGAAAAAUACCCUUAGAAUGUAAUGUCUGUGGGAAAGCUUAUAGUAGGAAGGCAUAUCUUUUAGCUCAUCAGAAAAUGCAUAGUGGAGAGAGACCCUUUAGGUGCACUGAUUGUGGGAAAGCUUUUACACAGAAAUCCUACCUUGUGAACCACCAGAGACUUCACACUGGAGAAAAACCUUAUAAGUGCAGUCAUUGUGGGAAAACAUUCAUUUGGAGCUCCUCUUUUAAUCAACAUGUGAAAUCUCAUAUGCUUGAGAACCCGUUUGAAUGUAAGGAAUGUGGGAAGUCCUUCAAGUAUAGUUCAUCCCUGUAUAAACAUUCUAGAAGUCACACGGGAGAGAAACCCUACCGAUGUGUGGUAUGUGGCAAGGCCUUUGGCAACACAUCUGUGCUUGUUACACAUCAAAGAAUUCAUACAGGAGAGAAACCUUAUGGAUGUAUUGAAUGUGGCAAAGCCUUCAUCAAGAAGUCUCAUCUCCUUAGACAUCGGGUAACUCACACAGGAGAGAAGCCCUAUGAAUGUAACAUAUGUGGGAGAGCGUUUUCCCAGAAGUCAAACCUUAUUGUACAUCAAAAAAUGCAUACUUAGUAUUUACUUUAUGAAUAUAACAGCCUUAAAUAUUAGAUGAAUCCUAUUAAAUAGCAGAGAACUCAUGAUGUGAAGUCCACUAUUUGAAUGCUGGAGUAGAGUCCCAUAAGAAAAAAGUCAGUGCCAAUCAUGUUCUGGCAAUGAUAAAUUUUUUCAGAAAGAAAAAUCACAUAAAAAAUUGAACUACAUAUAAUACAGCAUAGCGCUUGGAAAGUAAGCACAGAUAAUAAGGGAGUCAGUGCAAACUAGAUAACCAUUUAUGGUUUUUAUAAUAAUUACACGAGUGUGAGUGUAAAAUAAAUGUUUAAUACACUAUUAAGAGUUUGUGGUGCCUGCAGUCCCUGCUGAGGUGGAAGGAUCACUUGGGUCUAGGAGCUCAGAAUCAGCCUGGGCAACACAGUGAGACUGUCUCAAAAACAGAAAUGAGAACUAAACACAAACGAAAAAGAUUAGAAAAUAGUUUCUACAGGAAAACUAGAAUUUUUCCUUCUAACUCUAAUAACAUUUGCAUAAUUGAGGAAACGUAGUUUAACAGAAAGUAUGAAUUUCAGUAAUAUUUUCUGCCAUGUGCUGGCACUUUUGCCCCCCUGUACUGGGGAUUGAUCCCAGGGCUUUUGGCACCAAGUACUUCCCACCUCUUUUCUAUUUUUUGAGACAGGGUCUUGCUGUGUUUUCCAGGUUGGUCUGAAACCUGCAAUCCUGCCUCAGCCUCCUGAGUAGCUCAAAUUACAUGUGUGUAGCACCACGCAGUGUGUGGCGCUUUACUUGCAGGAUUUGGGGGUUUUUGUGUGUUUGUUUUUGUCUUUUUGAGGCAGGGUGUCGCUAUGCAGUUCAGGCUGGCCUCAAACUUGCAGCGAUCCUCCUACUUUAGCUUCCCAAGUGCUGAGGGUUACAGGUGUGCCACCACGCCUGGCUUUAUGAGCACUUUUAACAGGUACAGCAGUGUUACUGAAUCUGGGUCUUUGCAUUAAUUAUAGAAGUAAAGACUUUUUUUCUUUUUGGUUUUUUUAAGACAAGGUCUCACUUUGAGGUGCAGGCUGGCCUUGAAUUUACUAUG